UUUUAUAAAUCAUUUCUCCCGCCACGUUUUGUGGUUGAUAAGCGUGUUUUAGUUUUUGUACCAGUUAACAUUUUAAUAAGUUUAAGCUUGAUGGAAGAUCAAGUGGAAUCAGAUUCAAAAUGUCAAGUAUCAAUUUCUAAAGAGAAGAUUCAUAAACUUGAUGACGAGCAUGACUUACCGUGUAAAAAGGCCAAAUUUGAAGAGACUGAAAAUCGGACUAUUAACAGUCCUUUUCAAACUGAGAAAAACUGUGGAAUAACUGAAUAUUUAUCAAAUGAGAAUGGAUUUUAUGGAAUUUUGAAACACAGAUAUUCUGAUUUUGUCGUUAAUGAAAUCCAGAAAGAUGGAACGGUCAUUCACUUAACAGAUUUUUCAGCACCCAAAGAAGAUGCCAAUAUCAUCAGCCUAACAGAGCAAGUUGGUUUAGAAUUAAGUGAAAAAAUUCAACAUCUUUGUAGUCAAGAUGCUGACAAAAGUGAUCCAGUUCUGAUAGACGUUACAGAGAUGGAUAAAGAUAAAAGGAGAAAAAUACAUACUGCAAUAAGACAGAAUUGUACUGGAUUAGAAAGUAAUACUGAAGAUCAAAAUGAUAAGAAAUUUAUUGCUGUAACUAAAGCUAACGCAAAACAGAAAGGAAGAAGAUCACGUCCAGUCUGGCCUCAUUCAAGAGGGAACUAUACUCAUUUUGUGUUAUAUAAAGAAAAUACUGAUACUAUGGAAGCUAUAUAUGCAAUUGCUAAUUUAUUAAGAAUGCCAACAUCUGCCUUUACUUUUGCUGGAACAAAAGAUAAGAGAGGUAAAACAACUCAGAUGGUGUCUGUUUAUCGUGUUGCAGCAAAUAAAUUAUUAGACUUAAAUGGAAAAUUAAAAAAUAUAAAAGUAGGAAACAUUCAAUAUAAGAACAUGCCUAUAAAAUUGGGUGAUUUGUUUGGUAAUCAUUUCUCAAUUAUUUUGAGAGAAAUUACUGGUUCAGAGGAAGAAAUUAAAAAAGCAAUGGAAUCUUUCACAGAUGUAGGAUUUAUAAAUUAUUAUGGGUUGCAGAGAUUUGGAACCACAUCUGUUCCAACUUAUGAAAUUGGGAGGGCUCUCCUAGAAGGAAAAUGGGAUCAAGCUAUUGAUUUAAUUUUAAAACCUAGAUCCAAAGACAGUUCUGAACCAGAAACUUACAGGAAAAUAUGGGCUGAAACUAAAGAUCCAAAGGCAGCAUUAGAACAUCUAAAAAAGAAAGGAAGUGCUGAGGGUCAUUUGUUACGAGGAUUAAUCAGUCACAGUUUAUCAGAUAUGGUCAAUUCACUUAAUGCGAUACCAAGAAAUACUAGACUUAUGUAUGUACACAGCUUUCAAAGUUAUAUUUGGAAUCAGAUUGCUUCGUUUCGAAUUAAAGAAUAUGGACUGAAGCCAAUAAUUGGAGAUCUUGUACUUCCUCACAAUAUAGAAGUGUCCACUGAAGAAGAAAAAUCAGAAGAACAGUUAAAAUCAUUCAAAGAUUCUUUAAAGAUGAUUACCGAUAAGGAUCAAAAUUUGCCCAAUAUGUAUGAUAUUGUUCUGCCUUUACCUGGAAAUUCUGUUACAUAUCCUGACAAUAAAGUUUGUCAAAAAUAUAAAGAAUUAUUAGAAAAGCAGGGAUUGAAUUUUUCAAGUUUCACUUCGAAAGUUAAAACUUAUUCUCUUGGCGGUGACUAUCGUCAUUUAAUUGUAAAGCCAAGAAAUGUUCAGUGGGCUGUAAUAAAUUAUAGUGAUCCUACGCAAUCACUUUUACUAAGUGACUUAGAUAGGAUCCAAGAGAUUACAUUACCAGAAUCAAUUGGAGAACGGAGAGCACUGAAAAUUGAAUUUUCCUUGCCCGUGUCAUCAUAUGCAACAAUGGCAAUAAGAGAGAUAUUAAAAAUUGAGACAACUUCUUGGAGAAAUUCCCUGGAACAGUAGCAUAAAUUUUUUUUCUAUAAUAUACAAAUUAAAUUUGUUAUAAAUAUAUACUAGGAAAAAAAUAAAAA